UUUUUUUUGUUAUCAUUCUUUACUAGUAAUGAAAAUAUCACCAUUCCUUGGUUUGGCCUUUUUGGCUAACCUUUAUUUCUCACAAGCUCAAGAUUCUCCUUUUGCAUGGAUGUCAUCCUCUCAACAAGUGAUCUCUCCUUUUGCAAAGGCUGGUAAAAUGGAACAAAGAGGACGAACAGGAGUAGCUGCAAUGCAUGCUGUACUUUUGAAUGAAAAGAAGAUUUUAGUGAUCGACAAAGCUGAAUGGAAUGAGGCUCAGUUUGAUUCUGGACAAAGUGCGUUCUCAGUGGAAUAUGAUUUAACAACAGAUACAUAUCGUACUUUACCUUUGGAAACAAAUACAUUUUGUUCAGCUGGUGGUUUCUUGGGAAAUGGUUCAUUUGUUAGUACAGGUGGUGGUGAACGACGUGGACGAACAUGGAAAGCUGAACCAGGCUGGCAAUCUAUUCGACAUUAUACUCCUUGCAUGGAUAACUUAUGUGAAUGGUCUGAAUAUAAAACUGGUCAUAUGACAAAUAAUCGAUGGUAUCCAACUGUAGAACAAUUACCUGAAGGAGAUAUCUUUAUUAUUGGUGGUUCCACUAAAGGUGCUGCUGUCAAUCGUGAUGAAAUCAAUGUACCUUCCUAUGAAUUCUGGCCUCCUCGUGGUGAUGGGCGUGAAAUCCAUAUGCCUUUUUUGAAUGAAACAAUGCCCUUCAAUUUAUAUCCUUUUGUAUUUGCCUUACCUGAUGGAAAUUUAUUUAUAUUUGCCAAUCGACAAUCAAUGAUCUUUGACUAUAACAAUAAUCGUGUGGUUAAGAGACUUCCUGAUAUUCCUGGUAUGGUACGAUCAUAUCCAUUAACUGGAGGUGCAGUCAUGCUUCCUCUGGAUCCUGCAAAUGAUUAUAAUGUAGAAAUCCUAGUGUGUGGUGGAUCAGAAAAUAUGAAGAAAAAUGCCAAAGCUGAUGCUACUUGUGGAAGAAUCAAUUUGGGUGAUGAAGAACCUAAAUGGGAAAUGGAUACCUUUGUUUACCCUCGAUUGAUGCCUGAUGGUGUGAUUUUGGCUGAUGGUUCCAUUCUCUGGGUCAAUGGUUGUCAACGUGGAUGGGCUGGCUACAAUGGACGCAAUCAUGAUCCCACUUUUGAUCCUAUUAUUUACGACUCAAAGAAACCUCAUGGUGAUCGUUGGACAACUGGAUUAGCAAAUACCGAUAUCGCUCGUAUGUAUCAUUCUGUUGCAUUGACUCUACCCAAUGGUCAAGUCUGGAUUGCUGGAUCAAACAACGUCGACCCUCCUAACAUUGAUGCUGAAUAUCCUACCGAAUUCCGUGUGGAAUAUUACUCACCUCCUUAUCUUUUCAAAUCAGCUACUCGACCUUUGGUUUCCCAUGUACCUCGUGUUGUGGUUUAUGAUCAAUCGUUCGAUAUUCUUCUUAAUAUUGGUGGUGAUCUUGUUGCUGCCGCAAACGGUGCUAAAGAAGUCAAAGUGGCUCUGUUACGUCCUGGUUUUAGUACUCAUUCCAUGCAUAUGUCACAACGCUAUGUUUAUCUUACCCAUCAACUAUCCGAUGAUAUGCAAUCUUUAAAAAUUCAAGCUCCUCCUCGUCCAUCUGUUUUCCCUCCUGGUGCUGGUUUCUUGAUCGUGCUUUAUAAUGGUGUUCCUUCUGAAGGAGUAGAAAUAUUUGUUGAAAACGAUAUCAAUGACUUGGCCAUUUAGCUUUCUGUACAAUUAUUCCAUUUUUAGUUUAUUUAUUCCUUCCUCUCAUCAUUUGUUUUAUAUUCUAUCUCAUUCAUCUUCGUAACUAAAUAAAUCUUUUUUUUUUUAAUCCUA